CUGUAUAAAAAUGACUACUGCUAUAUGAAGAGAAACACAAGACACUGUUUACAAAUGAUAUUUAUCCAGAACGCAGAUGACUGAGCAGAGGACGAUAGAUGUAAAUAUCACUUAACAUCUUUAGCUUCUACGUACUGGACAUGGUUCGAGCCCAGUGCAUCGAUGAGGUUAAGGGUCAUGAGAUGUUUAACUCAAAUUACUUCAUUUACACAACUGUACAAGGUGAAUAUUAUUUUGUGAUUCUGUGAAGGUUGAUAGAUUUCUCAAGAUUACACAACUGGUAAUGGCAGAUCUGGGGAUUAAGGACACAGCUGUGUGAAUUCAAAGUUUAUUCUCUUAAUAUGUAGCAUCAUGUAUAUUUCCUAACAAGGACACUACCCCAGUGGGACUGGAGUAUAAAAUAUAGGACCGUAAGUUUUCUCUAGUAGGAAAGUUCUUGCUGAUGAUUUCCCCCAAGAUUGUUGCCAAGCCCUAAAGCAGUAAUUACAUAACUCCGACACUAGGUCUUUAUUACCAGUGUUGGACCUAAAAGAGCCUGAGGAGGAAAAGGGACAAUUACUUGCUCCUUUUCUGUAAUGAGUCUCUUAGGGAAUAUGGCCCUAGUGGCCAUGGUGGCUCUCGUAAAGAGCUGGCCCUCUGAUUCUCUCAAACAUCCUUCCUGCACCAAGGGUUGAGUCUCUGUGCUUUAGCCCUUAUUCAUGCAGACUUAGCCUGAAAACCUCAGUGACAAGUCCAUUCCCCUCAAACCAAUAAUUUCUGUCCAGGUCUGGAAAAGUGAAGCAAGCUUGGGACUCCUGGUGACUGUCAUAACUGCCCUUCUUUCCGGGUAAGAGUCAGAUCAGUGGGGCUUUACCAAUCACUGAUUAUUAAGGUGGAAGCCUUUGCAGGGGCACGCCUCGCUACAUCUUUCUUUUAAGUGGAGCCAAGGAAACAGUUCUGAGAUCAUCAAUCAUCCCUUGCGGUCAUAUAUGACCAUCUAUGCCUUGUCUGUUUGUGACACUUGAACUGUAAGGAAAAACAAUUGGCCGAGUGUCUGCCCAUAUGUCUGGAUUAUUUCAAUUUCCAUUUUACAAGUUAGACUAGAGGGAGCUCAGUGGAUAUAACCAAGAAGGACUGGCUCAGAGCUCCAUAAAUUGCUCAGAAAAUGUGAGCCCAGGAAGAAGCAGCAGCAGCAAUGUUACCAUUCUGAGUGAUUUCUGAUAACAUCUACAGAGGAAACAUCUUCACAAUGUGUAGCAUGUCCGGAUUAGAGAUGAUGCAACUGAAAAAUGUUCUCUAAGGCAACACCACUAAUGACAACAAAGACAUCAAUAUCCUCUAUUAAGGCAUAUGCUUACUGUAUUUCAGUCUCUGUGGUAACCACAGAGCAUGUGUUCUCCAGUACAAUGAAUAUUAAUGUCUCUAUUAAUAUUUUUAUAUCUUGAGUGAUUUAUGACACUAUUUAAAGAUACAUGAUCAUGGUAGAAAAUUCAAACAUACAAAGAAUUUCCGGACAAAACCAUUGUCCCAAUCUCUCAAUGUCCUUCCAGAGGCAUGGCCCUCAUUUUGAUAUUGAAAGAAUGCACGCACAAAAAGGCCAUCAGUGGCCAAAACACACAGGGAGCAGGGUUCUAAUGUCUCACCUGUGUCACUCAGUUUUUCUCCUAGGAGUCUUCUUAGUUGCACAACCUUGACCAUCAUUUUCAAGGCUUUUGAAUUUUUCCUGCAUUGUCUGCCUCUGGGCACCAGCUUCUAGCCCCAUGAGAGGAGCAAACCAGUCGAGUGUCUCCGAGUUCCUCCUCCUCGGGCUCUCCAGGCAGCCCCAGCAGCAGCAGGCCCUCUUUGCGCUCUUCCUGAGCAUGUACCUGGCCACGGUCCUGGGAAACCUGCUCAUCCUCCUGGCCAUCUGCGUGGACCCCCGCCUGCACAUCCCCAUGUACUUCCUCCUCAGCCACCUGUCCUUUGUGGACAUCUGCUUCUCCACCACCACCGUCCCCAAGAUGCUGGCCAACCACAUCCUUGGGACUCAGGCCAUCUCCUUCUCUGGGUGUCUCACACAGAUGUAUUUUGUGUUCAUGUUCGUGGACAUGGACAAUUUCCUCCUGGCUGUGAUGGCCUAUGACCGCUUUGUUGCCAUAUGUCACCCCUUACACUACUCGACAAAGAUGACCCACCAGCUCUGUGCCCUGCUGGUUGUUGGGUCAUGGGUCAUUGCCAACCUGAAUGUCCUACUGCAUACCCUGCUGAUGGCUCGACUCUCGUUCUGUGCAGACAAUGCCAUCCCCCACUUCUUCUGUGAUGUGACUCCCCUCCUGAAACUGUCCUGCUCUGACACCCACCUCAAUGAGGUGAUGAUUCUGACUGAGGGUUCUCUGAUCAUGAUCUCUCCAUUUAUUUGCAUCCUGGCUUCGUAUGUCCAUAUUACCUGCGCUGUCCUGAGAGUCCCGUCCACGAAGGGAAGAUGGAAAGCCUUCUCCACCUGUGGCUCGCACCUGGCCGUGGUUUCCCUCUUCUAUGGCACCAUCAUUGCUGUGUAUUUCAACCCUUUGUCCUCACACUCUUCUGAGAAGGACACAGCAGCUACUGUGAUGUAUACCGUGGUGACCCCCAUGCUGAACCCCUUCAUCUACAGCCUGAGGAACAGAGACUUGAAAAGGGCUCUUGGAAAAGUGGUUGGAAGAAAGACAUUUUCUGUCCGAUGAGAGAAUCAAAGCUGAAUCUUAUUUUCAUGAAAACUUUUUUUUAAAUCAACUGAGUAUCAGAGAGCAGAUAUUUUGUCAAAGGGAGUCUGGAAACAAACUUAUUCAUGUCUGUGCUAGGGGACUGUAGAUGGCAAUUGUUACUUACUUACUUACCUGUGGCCUGAAUUCACCUGUACUCCUGCUGCAUCUACUAGUAAUGAGAUUUCUUUUUUAAUGACUAACUUUUGAAUUAUUUUACACCUAAGUCAAGUGUUUCCUUUUUAAAUGGUCUGUCUGGAAGGAUACAGGUGACACAUAUUUUUGAACAUUAGAAUUACCUGGAAGCUUUUGUAGUCCCCUGAUGUCCAGGCUCCAACACUGACCAAAUAGAUCAGAAUCUCUGGGGGUGGGGCCACAACACUGAGAUUUAAAAAGCCUCAGAUGAUUCUAAUGUGCAGUCAGAGUGGAGAAUCUUUGCUCCUUGUUGUAUUCCUUACAUGUCCUCUGUCUUGGUCAGUCAUAAAAAUUGGGGCACAGGAAUGAUAACAGAAAUUAGUUUUGAGGGAUGCCUGGCUGGCUCAUUCAGAAGAGCCCGCAACUCUUGAU